CUGCUUCCUGGAGUUGGGGUGGGGGGGACCUGGGCUUGUCCUCUCUUCCAGCUGAACAGUCUCCCCGUGUGGGGUGGUUGGCCAUCAGAGCUCCCCAAGGCUCCGGUGGAAGCUGCCUAUAAAAAGGGAGGACUCCAGGGUCCAGUCGGGAGAACCGAAGCGACGGCCGAGGAAGGCACCGGGAGCCGCCCUUCAUCCGUCGGCGCUUCUCACCCAGCAUGAAGAUCUCAGGGACGGCCCUCCCUCUCUUCCUCCUCCUCCUCCUCCUCGUGGCUUCCUUCACUCUCAUCUCCAACGCAGCAGAUGAAGACACCAAAGUUCAGGCUGAGGCCGUUCCAGGUGGGCGAGAAAAAUGCUGCUUAAGCUACACAUCCAAACCAGUCCCCUGCCAUCGUCUGAAAUCCUACUUCUACGUAGACGGACGAUGCUCUCUUUCAGCCAUCAUAUUUGUCACACGUAAAGACAUAAAAAUCUGCACCAACCCUUGGGAGCCCUGGGUUCAGGAGUGCCAAAGAAAGCUCCCGCCGCCCGACUCCUGACGCUUCCCCCUCCUUCCGAGCACGAGAUGAGAAACCUGUUGGGCUGUUCCAUGGUCCACUCUUUUGACAGUGUGCGCCAAAACAUUAAAAUGGAGCCUCUGA